GACAAGUCGUUCAAGUCCAAGAUGAUCCGAAACGGAUCAUUAUUUUAUUUGUUUCUUUCGCCAACGUAGUUAUAUUUCGUACUGCACCGGUUGAGUCGUAGAUACUUUUUGAAAAUUAAUUUUAAGUGAUUUUUUGUAAUUUUCGUGUCCUUAUAAUUUAAGAAUUUAUAAAAAAAAAAAUUAUGAAAUGUAUUUCAAAACAAGUUUAAAUAUUUGUUUUACAAUUUUGGGAUUUAUUUAUAUUCCCCAAUUCACAAGUGCCCAGUCUCAAUGUUUGAAUCCAAACCAAAGAAGCGGUAAUUGCAUUUCGAUUUAUGAUUGUCCAUCACUUUUAAGUGUGGCGGCACGUAAGCCGCUACAAGAUAUUGAUAGAUGGUUUUUACGGAGUUCUCAAUGUCGUGGAGGAUUGGGAAAUGGACCCCAUGUUUGUUGUACCGAUGACACAGAUUACGUAAGACAACCAACGGUCUUAUUUCCUGCAGAAAAUGUUAACCAAUCACAAAGAGGAGAGUUGCCAGAACUUUCGGCUUGUGGUGGAGUAAAAUUGCAAAAUAAGAUCUUUGGUGGAGAUGAUACGGAUUUAUCUGAGUUUCCAUGGUUGGCUAUGUUGGAGUAUGAAAAAAAUGGUCAAAGAAGCACAAACUGUGGUGGUUCAUUAAUUAAUCGGAGAUACGUUAUAACUGCUGCCCACUGUGUAACUGGACGAAUCCAACAAGAUGUUGGAACAUUAGUAGGUGUUAUUCUUGGAGAGCACGACACGACAAAGAUAAUUGAUUGUGUAAAUGGUACGUGUGCGGGUCCAGCUUUAAGAUAUGGCGUUGAGGAAGCAAUACCUCAUGAAUCUUACAAUGACAGACAAGUACAUCGUCACAAUGACAUAGCUUUGGUGAGAUUGGAUCGAAAUGUCAUUUACUCAGACCAAAUUAAACCAAUUUGUCUGCCAUUUACUCUACCCAACGAACAACUUCCCAGUGGAACUAUGCUAACUGUUGUAGGUUGGGGAAGGACACAAGAUACUCAAAGAAGUACCAUCAAACAAAAAGUUCAAGUCCCAUUAAUCGAUCAAGAUGAAUGCCGUGAAAAGUUCCGUAGGGGUAAUAUUCAAAUUAUUGACAAACAAGUAUGUGCGGGUGGUAAUUAUGAAAAAGAUAGUUGUCAUGGAGAUUCCGGUGGACCAUUGAUGAGUUUUCGUCAAGGUGUUUGGGUGUUGGAAGGUAUUAUUUCGUAUGGUUAUGAGUGUGGACAUAAAGGCUGGCCAGCAGUUCAUUCAAGAGUUCCAAGUUAUGAAAAUUGGAUAAGGGGAGUGAUACGAGCUUAGUUAAGUUUGUACAAAAAAAAAUUAAGUACUUUUUCAGUAAAGUGUGAUUAAUAUUUAUUUUUUAGGACGAAAUAAUUAAAGAAACAAAAAAAAAUUAAAUUUUAACCUAAACUUACAAAUUAUGUAGAUUAAAGUAAGUUGUAAAUUUGUGUUGAAAGUUUAGCGUAAAUUAUUAUUUUGUGAAUAAAACUGAAGAUAAAGUACCUA